UUCCGGCGUCCCCGCGGCGCCCACGGGGAGCGGCCGGGGAGGCUCGCCGCGGGGCCGGGACCUGCUCCUCCCGGGGGAAGCGGCGCCUUCGGCCCCGGGGCCCGGCGGAAGCGGGCCGGCCGCGGCAGCGAGGCACUUGGCCCCGCGGCGGGGUUCGAGGAUGCGCCUGGAGCGAGGGCGCCGCUCCCGGGCCGGCCCCGCCGCCCGCCCGGGCUGUGGGAGGGGUUAGGGCGACGAGGCGAGAGGCCGAGGGAUGGAAGGGACCGGGAGCGGCUUGGCCUCCUCGGUGGUGGCGGACGGGAACCUGGUGCUAUGGACGCUGUGCUCAGUGUUGCUGCCGGUGCUGCUCACGCUGUGGUGCAGCUUCCAGCGGUCCCGGCGGCAGCUCCUGAUCCGGGACAUCUUUCGGAAGAGCAAACAUGACUGGCACUACACGGACCUCUUCGGGCAGCCGUCCUACUGCUGCGUGUGCGCCCAGCACAUCCUCCAGGGAGCCUUCUGCACCUGCUGCGGGCUCCGCGUCAGCGAGGGCUGCCUCAAGAAGGCCGACCAGCUCUUCCUCUGCAAGGAAAUCAUGAUGAGGAGCAACGGCGGAGCCCCCGGCCCCAUGCCGCACCGCUGGAUCCGGGGCAACGUCCCGCUCUGCAGCUGCUGCCUGGUGUGCAAGCAGCAGUGCGGCACGCAGCCCAAGCUCUGCGACUACAGGUGUGUGUGGUGUCAGUACACUGUACAUGACGAAUGCAUGGUAGAUUCUUUAAAGACUGAGGAGUGUACAUUUGGAGAAUUCAGAGACUUAAUUAUUCCACCGUACUAUUUGUCUACAAUCAACCAGAUGCGUAAAGACAAAAGAACCAAUUACGAAAAGGUGGCACCUUACUGCAGAAAAUACUGGAUGCCGGUUAUCAUACUGGCUAAUACUCGUAGUGGAAACAACAUGGGUGAAACAUUACUAGGAGAAUUUAAAAUUCUGCUGAACCCCGUUCAGGUUUUUGAUCUAAGCAAAAUCACACCUGCGAAAGCGCUCCAACUUUGCACCUUGCUGCCUUGCAACGCGGUCAGGGUUCUCGUCUGUGGUGGGGAUGGCACAGUGGGCUGGGUGCUGGAUGCAAUUGAUGAAAUGAAGAUAAAGGGGCAAGAGCGUUUUAUUCCACAAGUAGCAAUUUUACCUCUGGGAACAGGUAACGACCUGUCUAAUACACUGGGCUGGGGUGCAGGUUAUGCUGGAGAGGUCCCAGUAGAACAAAUCUUACGGAAUGUCAUGGAGGCGGAUGGAAUCAAACUAGACAGGUGGAAGGUUCAAGUAACAAACAAAGGCUACUACAACCUAAGGAAACCAAAGGUAUUCACAAUGAACAACUACUUUUCUAUAGGACCGGACGCCCUCAUGGCUUUAAAUUUUCAUGCUCAUCGUGAGAAGACUCCUUCCUUGUUUUCCAGCAGAAUUAUUAAUAAGGCUGUUUAUUUUUUUUAUGGAACCAAAGACUGCUUAGUACAAGAAUGCAAGGAUCUUAAUAAAAAGGUUGAGCUAGAGUUGGAUGGUGAGAGAAUCGAGUUGCCCAAUUUGGAAGGCAUCAUUGUCCUGAAUAUUGGCUAUUGGGGAGGUGGCUGUAGGCUCUGGGAAGGAAUGGGUGAUGAGCCUUAUCCCUUGGCGAGGCAUGACGAUGGCCUUCUGGAAGUUGUUGGCGUUCAUGGCUCUUUUCACUGUGCGCAGAUUCAGGUGAAGCUAGCGAAUCCUGUUCGCCUGGGGCAGGCGCACACAGUGAGGCUGAUCUUGAAGAGUUCCAAGAUGCCGAUGCAGGUGGACGGAGAGCCGUGGGCACAGGGGCCCUGCACCGUUACUAUAACUCACAAGACACACGCACUGAUGUUGUAUCACUCGGGUGAACAAACGGAUGACGAAGCUUCCAGCAUGUCUGAGCAAGACCAUGUGAGAGAACAGACCGAUGAAGAUGUAUAGAUUUUGUGGAAUGUCAUGCAAUACGGUGAUGAACUUCAGCUUGUUAACAACACUGAGAACGCCUAUCCUCGAUUAAGGUUUAUGCUCUAAGGCUCAUACUUGUCAAUGAACUAGAGCUGAGGAAAAGCCAUGCUUUCACGUCCAUGAAAACUUUUGCCUUGUAAUUGGUGGUGAUGCUCAGCCUUUCUAGCUGGAAGAGUCGGCUACUGUCAUGGCAGGGAACAGACACGUACUGCAGCUGUUCCUUGCUGUGGAAUCAGAUCUUCUGCACAUAGUGUUGUAUGCAAAAGGUUUGAUGCCCUCAGAGAGGGGAAUAGAUGUGAGUUUGGCCUGCUUCCACCUCCCCUCUUCCCCAGAACAGCUCCCAAACAGAAAACCAGACCAAGUAGGGUGUGGGCUGGCUUUCCAACAGCAGCCUGCAGCUGGCUGCCACCUCUUCUUGGGAGCGGGACAAAUACUUUUCAGCUGACCUGCCUGUGCAGUGCAUAUAGAAUAGGCUUGACUGGGAGAGCAGAAAACGUGGGAGCUCUUGGGAAGGUGGUUAGCAAGAAAGAUGCUUUUGGACCAAAGGUUUCUGGAAAUGUUCUGUUAGCGAAUGACCUUGUUCAGUGGCUGUGUAAGCCAUAGGCAGAGCACUCCUGAAGUCCCAGGUACCUGAGAUAAAACUUCAAACUAGUUGGACUGUGACUUGCACUGAAUGAUCCUGUGACUGACUGUACGUCAGUUCAGUGAAAGACUAAUUCUAGGUUUUCUUCAAAUAUCAAUAUCUUAGUUCUUGAGGAAGACUUGGACAAAGGCGCUGUCUUUUUUAGCUGUUUACAGGAGAGUUUUAAAGAGCUGAUGAUCUGUUAACUGUUUAAGAGUGGAGUUUGAGAGCUAGAAUGGCAGAGGUUAGCAGGUUCUGGCAUUCCUGUGUAUUAUUUGAUUGUGAGAAAGUGUGGAAGCGUUUCUUUUCUGACUGGCUCUUAGGAAGACAAAGAUACUUUGUUGGACCUGAAACUAUUUCCCAUUCAAAUAUAGGGGGGAAAAAAGGAUUGGUGGCCUGUACUGAGAGUGAGAGUUAAGAACACUUGCAACAGUACAUGGAAACUGUCGGUUUGGCACAUCUGAAGCUUCUCAGGUUUAAAAGCUUCUCAGGCGAAAACAUCUUCAUGGUUAACAGGAGUAAAAAUCUGCUUCCUUUUUAAUUUUCUGUUGUAGGUGAGAUGAGGUUUAGAAUUUGUCAGUAAGUUAAGUCCAGUUGAGUUACUGAAGGUGAUCUUCCAGUUAGGAAGAGAACUUGUGCUGAAUGUGUUACGCAUAAGCCAAGAUCGUAAGAGAAGCUGAGAGCCUUGGUCUGAAAUUUGAAUGUUGCUGCUUUUGUCUGAACUCCUCCACUCUUUCUUUUUCCUCUUUUCUCUAUGCUAACUGACAGCAAUUCCAUUGGGUAAAGUAGACUGUGUUUCUAGGCUUUGUAAAGUGAAACUUUUUCAACCAGCUAUAAAAUGCAUUUGCAUUAAUAGUGAAUGAACUAUUUAUAUUUUAAAAUAAUUUAUUGAAACCUUGGCAAAGUCAGUAUUUUUGAAACCUUUAACUGUAAUCCUCCUUGGAGAGCAUUUUUAACUUGAUGGUAUUCGUUGUAGAAAGUGUUUGUGCUAGAUCUUAAAUACUACUGAUUAUCAGUGAAUUUAUAGCUGCCUGAAAAUGUGACUAGAGUGUAAUGCACUGUAAAACAGAAGCCAUUUGUAUAUUCCACAUUCGUUAGCCUUAGACACCUCAUCUUAAUUAUUUUAUUGUAUGUGAAUAUAGAGAAUAAAUUAAGAGUUAAAUUUAUGUAAAAAGUGUUUAAUAUACUCAAAAGUAUACUAUGUUGGAUAAAUCCACUACCUUUUUUUAGUAAUGAGGUUCAAUUUGUAUUGGCUUCAAAAUCUUACUGGUUAAGUUAUUAAUUUUUUUUAAUAACUUGUAACCAUCAGCAUCCUAAAAAUAGUUCUGUUGUGUGCUCUGGUUGUUACAUAACUGUUGUUUACAAAGAAAUGACAAGUCUCUGGUUAAGCAGGGUAUGUGCUCUGAAAGGCAGGAUUUCUUAAGAGAAAAUGACACCACAGGCUACCUGAUCUGAACUGUUCACGAUAACGAUUUAAAGAGUUACCUGAAGCGAUGAUUAUUCAAAUUUUUCUAUAGCCUAAGAACAUUAACUGUUCAAAAACUUCACUCUUUGAACUUCUGAAAAACAAAUCAAUGCCAAGACUUGGAAAGUGGCUUUUUUUACAGUAAGUGCAGUGACUUCCUCACUUGUGCUUUGCCUGAGUGGGUGCCAGUGGUGUUGUGCUGUUUGUGCAGGCAAGAUCCUCUCGCUUACUUAGCGCAGCUUGUUAGAAGUCCGGUCCCAAAUGUGUGGAAUCCUCUUUGGGAAAUGUAAAUCUGUCGUUCUGAAGAAACAAAAGAGAACUGGAAAUGAAAGUAGCAUUUAAUUUGGCGCUUGUCUGGGACAGCCCCUGGUAAAUGGUCUUGUGUUGGAGCGAUCACCCCCUACUUCCACGAGGAAGUGGCAAAGUUUGUGUUGCACAUGUUGGCUGUUAGUGAUUGCAGCAAAUGGCAGGUACCAAACUCAGCCACCGUAAGCACAGGGAGGCCCUUGUAAAUUGGAUUUAUGGUAUGGGGAAUGUUCUGUCAGGUCAAAGUACCCAGUUCCCAGUCAGACGUGGAGUCAUCCUUCUCUUGUAACUGUGUGUACCUGACAUAUACAUGACAAAAAAAAAGUUGUUUUUAAACAUGCAGUGUUAGCACUGGAAUCUGUUCUGAAGUCUUGCCGUUUCCAACGUGCCAUCCUGUGAUUUCAAUGUGUCCUCUUUUCCAAUGUGUUGCAAAUUGGGUUAAAGCCAGUUUUGAGUUACCUUUGGGAACUGUUUUUAGUCCAACUGCAGAAAGUAAAUAUCAGCAAUGGGCUCCCAGAUUCUAAUGCUUAACACAGAUAACUUUUCUAAUUUGUAAUAUCACUGUAGCUGCUCAAUGUUGACAUGUGUGUUGUGACUAUAAAACUGCUACCUGCUUUUUUAAUGCUGUAGGUGCGUAAAGCACCAGUACAAAUAGCUGCUCUGUAGCUCCUCUGAAAGAUUGGAAACCUGAAAAUCCUGCAGUACGUUCUCGAUCCAGAAGAUGGUACUGCACAUCUGGAGCUCCUGUCCUGCACUGAAGAGUUUUCCCUUACCCCAUUAAUGAUUAACACUGAAAAAAACAGUAAGGGCAAUGUUUCCAAAAGACAAAUAAUGAGUGAACUCACAAAGUUUGUUUUUAUGUUUUAGUUCUGCGUACACUAGCUUAACCAAAGUUUGGUUGCAUUCUGGUAACUCCUGUUACUGUGGGUCCUCAGUCCUGUGAUAUGCAAUACAAAAAACUUGUAUGAGAGCCUUUCUGCGCUCAGCUGACUGUGCCGGCUCUGACCUCACUUGUUUGCACACACACCAACAUGGUGUGUAUGUGUAUUGUCACAUGCAUCCAUAUUCUUUGUUUUACUUCGUGUUUUCACCUCAGCAAUUCAUAGCAGGGUUGAACCGUUUGAUAUACCACCUGCACCUUGGAUCUCCUUCCAUGUCUGGAAAGAGUUAAGGUCAAACUUGAGUUCUUUGCCUUCAAACCAGCUGAGGUGGAUGGCAUUCACUUAAGUAUUUUCUUCUAAGGAUUUCUGUUCCUGGUAUUUAAAGCAGAUGAUGGUAGGAUGGAGUGGUGAGCUUCCCUUCUGUCUUCUUUACCCUUUGUUCCAGCUGGCUUGUCAGAAAGAAAAUAGAAAUGGCUUCAUACAGCUUAUUCUUAGCCCUUUGACCCAGUUCUUUGUGUUUUUCAGUCACCAUCACCACUCCUGGGGGUAUCUGAAAGGACUCCAAAAGUUCCCAGUCCCCUGACCUAUUCUGAAAGUACAAUUUGUGCUCUUUGCUGCUGGGGAGGAACCUCCCUGCUCUCCACAGGUUGUGAGAACUGGUAGUUAAAGGUUGGAUAUCGGUUUUGCCAGUUCUUUCUGGUUCUGCGUUCUGUUGCACUGAAGCUCACGGUUUUUGUAGUGUAUGUUACUGUAUCUCACUGGUUAAAACAAACUUAAAGCACUGUACUUUAGCUGUGAACAGCCCAAUGGUAUCCCUGGUGUAAUUCUUGGUCCUUUUCACUUGGCAACGAAUGCUUUUUGCAGAGCACUGCUGUGUCCUAGUUAGUUAAUCUGUGCGUAAGAGCGGGACACUCGGGAAUCUUGGCAUGUGUUCUGACUGCAACUCCUGGUUUGUUCUGUAAUCCAUACCGGUUACAAGCAGUUUUCUUUCUUUUGGAAAAGUAAAAAGAUUAGACGUUUCUGUUAGGAGUAAACUCUGAUAUAUUCAGAUUCACAAAAACUGGUAGCGGAACUGAUUGUGUUGAAUGUGAACCACUUGUUUAAAGAUUCUCUGACUUGUUUUCUGACAGAUGACAGCUGCUUCCUAAACACAGGAGUGAGACAGCAGAGACCACUCGUUCAUUUAGCUGUUAGGGAUAUUGAGAGAAUUUACACAUUGUGUCUUUCAGCUUCAUUUAGGCCACGGUUCUGCAAGCACGACAUGAUCAAAAUGUCUAUCUCACUAAGAGUGCUGAAUACCCAGUUCAGGGCAACUCAGGGAGAGAUUUCCAGCUGCAGUAGAGCCACGUGCCUUGACUAAGCCUGGUGAUGUUGCACUCGCAUGAGCUGAGGAUCUGGCCCUUAACUGUUCAACAGCGUGAAUGUAUUCAACAUUUUCCUUUGUUUCCAGCAUUAAUGCUGCCCAGUUUACUCUGCUGUGUGCUCUUAUUGCUCUAUGUAAUUCAUUUGUUGCAUUGUUCCAUUUGCUGCUUGUUUCUAGAGUUGAGCAUAAAAAACAUUUUAAUAAUAAUAAGGGAGAAUUUACAUCCUGACUUUGUGUUCUCUAUCUUCAGAGUUUACAGCCCUCGAUAGCCACUUUGCUACCAACUGUUGUAGUCUGUCGCGCACCGCCAGCCAUCUUCUCUUUCUGGGGUUUUUAUAGUUAAACAGAAUGGAUCUUUAUUUUUAUAGCCUGUAACUUCAGUAUAUAUAGCAGUUAUUUCUAUAUAGUAAUUAGUGAUCAGAAUACUGUACAAAUGUUACUUUUAAGAGCUGUAACUUUAAAUUGAUAAUAACUACUUAUGAGAAAAUACCAGCAUGUUAAGUUUUAAAGGAAACGAUAUUUAGCUUAAAUACUGUGAUGCUGUGGCUCGGGAUUUGUACUGAAUAUGUUUGUGCAUAUAUUCUGAAAUUGCACUAAAUAGGUUAAAAAUAAGCUUAAAAUUCAGAUAUAGAUUAAAAAGUAGAAUUCAUAACAUCUUACUUUUUUUUUUCAGCCAAGAGAGGUGACAUUUGGGGCUUGGUAUUUUGGUUUUCCCUCAGAACAGUUGGGGAGGAGCGGUCUGUGCUCCUGGCAGAACCUUUGUUGUUCCCUUAUAGUGCAGUUUUGGAUAUGUAUUAUUUAGUGCCCAGACAUUAGCAAAAGCCAUCAACGCUGUUCCUGCCUCUCAGAAAACAAAAGCUCAGAGCAAACCUGGCUGCUCACAGCUGUAAAGUGAACCAGAUCUCACUUGCACGCAAGUAACCAGCCACUAAUACUGAACCUCCAAGAUAGAUGUUUAAAGUCAAGAUGUGUUAGUUUGUUAAUUUUUUCUGGACCUCAAAUGACGUUUUCAAGUCUGAAAUUAUUUUUCCUUUCUGUUUUAGAGGAAGGCAGGCUGCAAUGAGAGGAGAAGGGGGUAUUGCUGUAAAACUCUUAGCCAUAAAACUGGGAAGUGUGUCCUUCCCUCGCUCCGUAGGCACAGGAGGUGUGAUUUUGAAGCAUCUCAUGAAAGCCUCUGCUUUGUUUCCCCCCUCGCUGGCUUCAUCCAGUAUUUUUGAAGCAGGUGAUAAUACCAUCGCCCUGUGACUGGAUUUGCACAGAUCAUCACGUGUCGGUGAUGUGUAGUGCUUGAGUACAUGGGCUGGGUUCUGUCUGUAAGGGGCUGUGGCUUCAUUGCUGUCGUGGACCUCCCAGUUCUGCGGACACUCCACAGUGACACAGGGAAACAGAAGAGCUCUUUUAUCUUCAAUGAGUUACCAGUAGGUUCUUGAGAAACAUCUCCUCCGUAUUCUUCAUAGAAAUUUGUAAAUACAUUGGUUUUCACAGCACUGGCCUCGUUACUGAAUUUCCUAAUACAUCUUUUUCUUGUCUUGUUGUUUGUACUGUAUUUCUCUGUAGAUUAAAUUUUGUGCAUUAAAGUGUUUAAACUCAGUUUUCCCUGUUCCUCACUAUGCAUAGAAGCAAAUGUGAGUUUUGAGCUCUGUAACACCCCCGUGAUGACGAUAACUGCCUGGCUUUGGAAAAAUGCAGUAUGGUCAGCCGUACUCUUGGGUUUUGAGAAUGGUGGUAUGUGGGGAACACAGCAUGCAUGCUUCUAUCUGCGAACCCUGCUGCAAAGUCCAAGCAUUUCAAGCUUCAGACGUGUAGAAAAAGAAUUCUAGACAACAUGGUAAUGUCAUUCAGAGGUGAAACUAAUUCUGAUUCGUAGCCCACAAGGAUGCCUUGGCAGCUGCUUUCCUGCUUCUGGUCCAUCCUGCUCAUCGAGGUUUUCUCUCAAGAAGAAGCUGAGUUUGUACCGCUUCAUCAUGGAUGCGUUGGAAAAGCCCAGCCUUCACUAGUAAGUUGAAGUAUCCCCAUUUUUCACUGAUGUUGUCAGUGAUUUGGGAUCUUAAAACAGUUUGUGAUGCACACUCCUUGUUUAGUCAAAGGGCGUAUAGAUUCCUUGCCUGUAAAGAGCAAUUUCUAAACAGGAUGUUUAAUGGAAAAUAUUUGGUAUUCUGUGGUGUUAAUAGAAACUGGAGGCUGAGCACAAGUCAGCAAAAUGCGUGCGAGGCUUUCCACAGUAAGGGGAAGCGCUGCUGCUGGAAGGCGUUCAGAGAUCAAGUGGCUCAGCACUCCUGAUGGCAGCAGAUGGGGGACACUUUGGUCUUUGGGAAGUAAAUAAACCCUCCUGUGGGGCCACUUCAUCAGUGUCAGUUCUCUCCCCGAGUCCUCUCUGUUCCCCAAUCU